AUGGGCCAAAGUCUCGAUGUGCUCAAGACGUGCGAUGGAACUGAUGGACGUGACGCAAAGUCCGGAUCAACAUCAACUGCUCAUUCAGGGUCGGCUGUGUGGGAUGAUGACGUCAUGGUCAACUGUGCCGCGUUGGAGGAAGGUGUGAAAAGCGUGGUUGCAUCGGCGAACCGUGGUGGGGCUCGUAUCAGUGAUGAGGUUUUGCUGAAUCACGAGCUUCUGCAGUACGCUCGACAGGGCAAUCUUCGUGGAGUCAGCGAAGCCUUGGACAAGGGAGCGUGGACAGAAACCCGGCGGCCGCUCGUCAUGAAGCCACAGAAGCCCGACACUGGGAAAAAAGGAACUGGUGAUGAUCCGGCAGUUGUUGGGAUGACGCCAAUAAUGUUUGCUGCUCAAAAAGGUUCAGUUGAAUGUGUCCAAAGAUUAUUGCAAGCUCGCGCAGAAGUAAAUGCCGUCGAAGAAGAUGGCUGGAGUGCGCUACAUUUCGCGUCGAAGGAAGGCCACUUGCAAGUGUGUCAGUCACUGCUGGAGUGCAAGGCCGAUCCAGCGCUCAUGAACAUUGAUGAGCAGCGGCCCGUAGACGUCGCGGACGAGGACAUGUCCUUCAAAGAGAGGUUCACGAAGAUCUGCAAGGAUAGAGCCGCCUGA